AUGGCGCCAAAAUACCAGACAGCACUCAUUGGGACCUCGGACGGCGCAAUCCGCCUCUCCCACGAUGCUCACGUACCAGAAGUUGUAGGCGACCACGUCCUCAUCAAGACAAAAGCCGUAUCCGUGAACCCGGUCGACACGAAAAUGACCGGCAGCUACGUGACCGCCGAUGCCAUCGCAGGCUUCGAUUUCGCAGGUACCGUCGAAGACAUUGGACCAGAGGCCACGAAAUGCGGGAUCAUGCUCGGAGAUCGCGUCUGCACAGUCGUCCUGGGCAUGAAUCCGAACGAGCCUACCAUCGGCGCGUUCGCAGAGUGGACGACGGCGGCAGAAUGGACGCUGCUCAAGAUCCCCAACAGCCUGAGCUUCGAAGAAGGCGCAUCACUAGGCAUAAGUUUCAUGACGACGGGUCUCGCCAUCUUCAAGAGCCUCGGCGUCCCCGGCACGCCGCUGAAACCCAGCCCGCAACGGCUGCCCGUCCUCGUCUUCGGCGGCUCCUCCUCAACAGGCACAGCCGCAAUCCAGCUGCUUAAGCUUGCGGGCUUCGACCCCGUGGCCACGUGCUCGCCGCACAACUUCGACCUCGUGCGGACGUACGGCGCCACCGCCGUCUUUGACUACAAGGACCAGGGCGUCGUGCCUGCCAUCAAAGCGUACACCAAAAACGGUCUCCGCUUCGCGCUCGACUGCAUUUCCACGACCGCUAGCAUGCAGUUCUGCUACCAGGUCAUCGGGCGCGCAGGCGGGAACUACACGGCGCUGGAGCCGUAUGCCGAGGCCGUGGCGCAGAAGCGCAAGGUCGUGCGCCCGGACUGGGUCAUGGGCCCGCAGAUGAUGGGCAAGGAGAUUGGCUGGCCGAAACCUCACUGGAGGCCUGCGGAUGCGGAGAUCGGGCGUUUCGGCGCGGAGUGGACGGUCACGCUGCAGAAGCUGCUGGAUAAGGGGCUCAUAAGGCCGCAUCCGAUAUUGGUCAGGCAGGGCGGGCUACCGGAGGUGCUGGGGGGGAUCGAGGAUGUUCGUGAGAAGCGGAUUUCGGGGCAGAAGCUUGUGUUUACUGUGUGA